CAAACAGACUUAUCGUAUAUGAUUUAACGAUAGAAAAUUGUUAUUAAAUCAAGUGGUUAUAGUAUGUAAGUAACGCACCAUGUCGAACAUAAUAACAAUAACGAAUGAUAAUGAAACAUAUAAGAUUAUAACAAAGUUUGCUGAGGAUGAUUCUUUUGAGGUUACUGUUUUAAAUGAAAGAAACUCUUAUUUCAGUAAGGUAUUAAAAGCAGAUAUUGAAAAAUUCUCUACAAAGUUUGAAAUUAACUUUGAAGACUACUUUGAUUCCCUGAGAAUGUAUUUUUCAAUUGUUCAUCCUCACAUUGCAAUUAAUAUUGUGAACAAUGAGCUGGUUGUUUAUAAGAAUAUGAAGGUGAAGUAUUUCUACACUCCUGUGCAGAAGACUGAUUAUGAUUUGACCAUUGAAAACAUCAUAGAAACAUUAGCACUGGAAGGCUUAGAAUUGGAAAAUUCUUGCGCAAAUUUAGAGAAAGCAAUCAACCAAAACCAAACUGAUGCGGAAUAUUAUGAUGCAAAACUUCAAGAUUUAGUUAACGAUUUUGAGACAUAUAAAGUAGACUACAACUCAAGUUUUUGUAAGGUACUAAAUUCGAAAAAACGUCGAAUUCAAUUCUUAAUGGAUACAUUAGAAGGGAAAGAUACUGACAACAAGGAGGCAAAUCCUGAAAGAAUUGAUAACAUGCUUUCAGAUUCAGAUGAUGAACAUGAGAAUAAAGUUGUGAAAUCUGGUAUCAAUCAGUUAGGGAAUGGAGAAUCUAACAAUUCCAUUCAUAUUGAUAAUGGAACAGAUUCAAAUAAAAUGGAUGUAGAGGAUGAUGAAUUAACUGAUGAAGAACAUUCUGUCAUUUCAGAAUGCAAAAAAUAUGAAAUGUAAUUUGUAGAUGGUGAGAUUCUAAAUGAUUCUCCACAAAAUUAAGCUAUUAUCUAAAAUUAAGAUCAAGUGUAACAUUUUACUAAUUAUUAUUGGGGCUGUAAAAGUUUUAUAAAAGAAUAUCGCAAUCAAACAUUUAACAAAUGGAUAUGCAACCAAUUUUUAUUUUGUGUAUAUAAAUUGCCUUGAUGUUUUAUAUUAAUCAAAACAAGCAGACAGAAAUGGCGAAAAUUAUUACAUUAACACAAGACAACAAAUCUUAUAAAAUUGUGACAACGUUUUUGGAUGGAACAAUUGAAAUUACAAUUUUACAACAGGGCCUAGCAUAUACUGCAAAGGUAUCCGAGGAGCAUAUAAAUCAUUGGGCAACAUCAAUGGGUUUUAGUGAUGAGGAAUAUUUCAUAUCUCUGAAGAAAUAUUUUACCAAUACAAAUUCAGAUGUUUCAAUAAAUAUAACUGAGAGUGAAUUCAAUAUCUACAAAUCAAAAUACGAUAAAUACUUCAGUGUCCCAUUAAUUGAGACUGAUUAUAAAUCAACUAUUGACAAAUUGAUUGAUUCUAUAUCAAUGAAAAAUAUUGAACUAAAAACAUUAUAUGAGGGUUUGAUAAAUAAACAAAAUGAUUCAAGUGCAGCCACAGCCCAGAAAGCAAAAGCUCUUAUGGAUUUUGCGCAAAAAAGUAGAGAUUAUAAAGAAAACACAAACUCGACUUUCUUAAAAUUGCUUAACUCGAAGAAACAACGAAUUCAAUUUUUAAUGGAUAUUAUAAAUGGGGAUAAUAUCAAAAUUAACACGAAGAGAGCUAAAAUGCUCAGGACUUCAGAGAAGAUCGCAUCUGCUGAUAACGUUUGCAUUAAUGACGAUAAUGAUGACAGCGAGAAGAUCGCUGAGGAAACGCAAGAUCAAGACAUGAAUAACGAUGAUGAUGUAUUCGCCCUUCUUGAUGAAAAUGAAUGCGAGAUGCAAUCAGUACCAUUUAGAAAACCUCAAGCUGUAGCCAGUUCUUCUAUUAUUGUCACUGAAACAACGGACAGAGUGGUAGAACCAAAUGAUGAAAAUAUUAUGGACACAGCAUCAGAGAGCACACAGGAUUUGAUAUGCUCUACUCAAGAUUUAUUGCAAAGAAUUAACUAAUGUAAAUAUUAUAAAUAUAUUUAUAGGUUGAAUACUAUUAAAAAAUCCUAUUUAUUCCUCACAAUUAUGACAAGUAUUUGGCCGACCACAACAUUUUUAAAUAUAUUCA